CCCUAGUCAGUUGUCUAGUUUUUAGAAUGAAGUAUCUUAUGUUCUUUUUAGAUUUAUGGCUUCUAAUAUUUAGGUACACUCAUCCGUAUCUGAAAUGAUGUAUCACUUUAAAUGUUUGAUGUCUAAACUUAUUUCAUAGACAAUGCCGGAUUUUUACACUAUGAUAUAACUCAUUAUGAACACUGAAAACAGUUAUGUUGCACUUAAUUUACAUGAUAUAAAAAAUGCUGAUUAUAGUUCAAGCAUGUUGAAAGAACUUCGUCAGAGCUUGAGUUCGUCUCAAGCGUACCGCAUUUCAAAUUCUACUAUACGUUUUCAAACUCAUUUUGUUAUUUUAGUUUCGUUGAUUGGUAUUCUAUUCUUAGUUAUUUUGUACAACAUGGCAUAUACACCAACACCAAAACUUGUCAGUUAUGGUCUCAAUCAUCCACAUGAUCAACUUAUGUACAAAUCAGUCACAUCAAAAUAUCCAUUGUCUCAACCUAUUUAUUUAAAGAAUUUGGGUGUAAAGUUUCGAAUUGCAAUUAUUAGUGAUUUAGAUAAAGCAUCUAAAAGUCUGACUGAAAAGAACAUUUGGUACAGUUAUUACAAAAAAGGAUAUCUUACUUGGUAUGCUAGCAAUAAUACUAUAGACAUAUUAUGGGACCAUGUAGGACCUAAAGUAUUAAAAUCCUCAAUAUCAAUGGGCGGUCGAGGAAUGGAACUUUCAGAACUUGUUACAUUUAAUGACAAAAUAUAUUCAUUUGAUGAUAGGACUGGUAUUGUUUAUAGUAUUGGCGAAGAUGAUACUGUUUUGCCGUGGAUUAUACUCAUGGAUGGAAAUGGAACUAGUUUUAAAGGAUAUAAAAGUGAAUGGGCAACUGUACAUAAUUCUGAUCUAUAUGUUGGAAGCAUGGGGAAAGAAUGGACCUCAUCAACAGGGGAAUAUGUUAAUAAUAAUCCUAUGUGGAUAAAAAUAAUAAAUAAGUUUGGUCAUAUUACUCAUGUUAAUUGGGUAAAUAAUUAUAUUGCAAUCCGUAAAGCAGCUAACAUAAAUUUCCCUGGAUAUAUGAUUCAUGAAUCAUGUGUAUGGAGUCAGGUACAUAAACGUUGGUUUUUUUUACCUCGGAGGAGUUCAUCAAAACAGUAUAAUGAAGACGCUGAUGAAUAUAUGGCAACAAACUUGUUAAUAUCAGCAAGUGAUAAUUUCAAAGAUAUUAAGGUUGUGCAUGUAGGUGAAAUUAUACCUACUCAUGGAUAUUCUAGUUUUAAAUUUCUGCCUGGCACAAAUGAUAGAAUAAUUGUAGCACUCAAGUCUGAAGAAGUUGGAUCAGAGACUGCUAGUUAUAUUACUGCAUUCAAUAUUGAUGGAACAAUUAUACUACCAGAAAUCAAAGUAGCUAAUCAUAAAUAUGAAGGAAUAGAAUUUGUAUGACCCAUAUCAAAAUCAUGUGAUUUUAAUUAUAUAAAUAACAUGUAUAUAAUGUUAACAUAUAGCAUUUUAUUUAUAAACA